GUUUUGGAAACUUCGAGAAAUAUCAAGUAGAUCAUUCUAACGGCGGAACUCGAAGUAGAUAAAGCUAUAAAUAUAGCGUGUAAAAUAUUGGGUUAGAAAAGCCCUUGGGUAGCCAAAAGACGAAGGUUUUCGUUCAUGCAGAGAAGUUACCUUUCGUUUUAAUCUAAACUUAAAAGCAAGUUUUGUCUGGAUUUUGAAGUAAUAACCAACACCUCCCUAAACUGAUGCCACAGGCUUCCAUAAGAAAUCUUAGCUUGUCCGGUUCCUUCGAGAGGGAACCCGUCUCCAGAAAAUAUCCUGUAUGAGGAUAUACCCAGUAUUCGGUGAGCAGCGUCCCUGCAAUUAAUAAGAUUCAGGCUUGACCACUUGAUGAGUGACCACUGAACACUGGACUUAUUAACUCGAGCCACCUGCUGCUUCUGUCCACACCUUGCAUAUUUUGGAAACGGUUGACCACAUCACAAUUACGUCACAGAUCACUAUUUGACCACACCCUCCUCCUCCUCUUCCUCAUCUCCCUCCUACCCCUCUCUCGCUCUCUUUGACGUUUAAAGACGAGCCGGUGCAUUGAUGCACUUGCGAUCCUCUACCGGAACCAGAAUCAGAGCCAGCCCCAGCUGCGGCACACCAGCACCAACAGCACCGAUCGUAUCACCAACACCAACGGAUCCAUAACAAGUAAAAUCAUUUGACAACUUCGUCGUCGUCAUCAUCAUCAUCAUCAUCAUCAUCAUCAUCAUCAUCAUCAUCAUCAUCAUCAUCAUCAUCAUCAUCAUCAUCCUCAUCAUCAUCAUCAUCCUCCUCAUCAUCAGUAGCAGCAGCAGCAACAGUAGCAACAGCAACAUCUACUGCUAUUAGAGUAGCAUCAAUAUACAGCAAAAAGACAACAUCUACAAAAACAACAUAAACACAAACAACAAAAAGAGGCAAGAGUGUAAGGUUUUCAGAAAAAACAUCCCCCACCCCAUCCCCAGCGCUAAAAACCAGUACAACAACAACAACAACACCAAACACAACGACAACACCAGCAACGAGGAGGAGGAGGAGGAGGACAAGAGCAAGAUCUAAGCUAAAUGGCCAUCCAAUUAAAUUGCUAAUAGCUUUGAGAUUGUUUUUGUGAGCGAAGUACCCUGAAAAGUCAAUUGGCUGACCCCCGGUGCCUACAAAGUCGGUGACCAGUCGUUUAUUACCAAAGAAACAAACAGCUUCAUCUGUGCUGGUGAUAGGUCUGAGAAACGUCCAGCCUGCAGAGAAUAUAAUUUCUUUCAUUCUUUAACCUUCCUGGAAUUCUGGAAUUUAACUGUUGGUUUGGUUAAAGUUCGAUUGAAGAAUAUUUAGAAGAAUUUCCUUGGAAUAAUAUCUACAGCGACAACAACAACAACAACAACAGCAACAACAAUAAUAACCGUUGAAUAUAUUUUAUGAAGAAAUUAAUAAUAACAAAAAUAAUAACAGGAAUAUUUGUUGGAGUAUUUUGUUGAAAUUUGUUUAUGAAUUAUUUCAAAAGAAAGAAAGAAAGAAAAACGAUAAAUUAAACAAUAACUUGACUCAAAUAAUUGCAAAUAUAUCAAUCGAUAUAGGAUCGAUACAUCUAUGAUUCAAGUAAAUUACGUGGAAUUUUAUUCUUGAACUUGACUAAAAAAAAAGAUCGAAGGAAUUCGUCGGCAAAAUCAUCCCCAAACAACUAGAAACGAGGAGAAGAAGAAAAGAGAACAGAGAACACAACACACAACACACACACACGUACUCAGACAUUAACUUAAGACACGUUAGUCAUUUCUUUUUGUGCAUGCAUCCCAAUACACACACACACACACACUCGCAGACAUUCAUGACUUAAAGAUAUUUGCAUGACGAAUAAGAAAAUAGAUUUAUCAUACCUACAUAUGCAAUACGUUCUCGAUCUCUCCUGCGUUGUUACUGAAUAAAUAUUUUAAUUAAAACAAAGAAGAUUUAAAGACUCUAAGAAGGAUUGUGAGAACAUCAUAUUUCUCUCCAUAUUUGAGAUAUUACUUUGAAGAAACUUUCUACAACAACAACAACAACAACAACUACUACUACUACUGCUACAAACGCCGAGUGUUUAAGUUACUCGAGUGACUUUCCUGCAAGGAUUUGAAAUUUAAAUUAAUUUUUAAAAAAAUAUCUUCGACUUGUGAAUUGAACAAAAGCUGCAACCAUUUGCCACAAUGGAUAUCCACACAAUGGACACCAAAUGCAAUAUGACCGUCACAUAUUCGGACUGGACUCUCGAACAAUAUAUUCUAUCGGUGAUUAUCUCCCUUUACGCUCUGGUUGGCACUGUGGGUAACGUCCUAAUUCUAAUUGUUUACUUGAAGAAACAAGAUCGCAAAUCGAGUAGCACGUUUAUCCGAGUGUUAGCGCUGCUCGACCUAUGUGUGUGCAUGUUUGUCAUGCCCUACACGAUCGUGUACGAGCUUCGCGGUGUUACUUCCGACGCUAUUUGUCACAGUUUCGAAGUUGUCCGCCAUUUCUGCAUCAUGGCGUCGAACGCUUCGCUCGUGGCCAUUGCUCUGGAACGCUGCGUCGCUGUGCGCCGACCAACCAGACGCUUAAGCCUGUCACAGGUCAACAAAGGUAUGAUAGUCAUCGUUGUUAUUAGCGUCGUUUUGGCCAUUCCAUCAGUAUUUAUUUUCGCCGUUGUUCCUGGUCCUUAUAAAAUCAACAGCGGUAAUUGUACCGAAGAUAUUAUCAAUACUCGAAACCCGCCCUUCUGUCACUUCACUAUGUCCUACCUCGGAGAAAUCGGAACCCGCUCUUAUCAAGCUUUAUUGAGUAUGUCGUACGGGCUUGCCUGCUUCAGUAUCGUUGUACUUUAUACCCUCAUCUACACGAAAUUAUGGAAGAAAGCUCAGCUCAGGAAGAAAUUGUCCAACCCUCUCGGAAUACCGACCAGUUCCAGCAGUAGCAACAGCAGCUCUGAUCGCUCUACACCAAGCGUUGGUACGGAAAAGAAAAAAUACUUCGACGAAAUGUCAGACUCGACAGGCUGCACUCUGAAUAACGCCCGCAAACUCACACCGUCCGUUGAUUCCGAUGUUGAUUCAGGAGUUCAAUCCCCGACACCGCCGCUGUCCUCGAACGGCGACAGGAAAAGCACGAAAGGCAGCGAGUCGUGCAAAACACAUGGAAAAUUCUCCGACAAAAGACGUUCGAUGCAUCAUAACAGGACAGCUAAGAUGUUGUUCCUUUGUACUAUCAUCUACAUCGUGGCUUGGGUGCCAUUCUGGUUGGAUAUAUUCAGCAUCACAAACAGCCUUAUAUUGAGAUACCUGUUUUUAGUGGGUAACGCCAGCAAUCCAAUCGUUUAUGGAAUCGUCAAUGACAGAGUCCGUGAGGAAGUCUGCAAGCUCUUCCGACGAAGAAAACGAAGUGGUUACCCGUAGAUUGCUUCUAUAGAUUGAUCAUUAGUAUUAAUAUUAUGAUUGUAAUUAUUAUUGUUUUUACCAUUUUUCACUUUUAAGUUUAAUUUCCUCCAGAAAAAAAGUUUCAAAAUAUUAUCCGGAACUGAGAAACGAAAUGGAAAAGAAAGUCUAUGAGAAUAAAUAUUAAAAAAAAAUAAUAAACGAACACAAGACAAGAAAACCAAAUAAAAGUCAGCAAGAAUGUCAUCAACACCGACAACGGAAUCAACAAAACCAAUUUUAAUUUGGCAAUGAAGGAAUAUAAAAGAAUAAAGAAAUAAGUCUAAGACUGUCAGAUUGCAUGGGAUCCUUCGUUUGUGUGAGAACGCCUAAGGGCUCGGCACUUUAAAAACAGCCGCAUCCACAGAACUUGACAAAUUCCGGGUUUAAACAGCGAACUGAAUUUCUCGUCAAGAUGAUGAAGUUCAGAGAAAGGACCUCCAUAAGAUGUAAUAAUUGUGAGGAAAGAAGAAACGGGGGAAGAAGCGAACAAAAGAAAGAGAAUGUAUGUAUAUGCGUCGAAGGAGGUGAAUAAAAUAAGAGACGGGGAAAGAAGUUGAUUGAUGAAUAAGAGGAAGGGAUGCUGAGGUGUGAGUGGUGUGUUCGCGGUGGGACAGAGACGGUGCUGGAAGCGAAUUCGAAAUGACACAAACGUAAUUGCAUACACGGCACAGAAUUAUCUCAUCUACAUACAGCAGGCUAGAUCAUCGUGAUGAUGAUGACGAUGAUGGAUAUGAUAAUGAUGACGAUAACGGUAAUGAACAUGGUGAUACUAAUAAUAAUAAUGAUAAUUCUUAUGUUUCUUCAAUCGCCCAAUCUCUAUCUUUCACCUCAAGAACAGCACUCAAGAGGAAAAUAAACAAAUCAAACAAAAAAAAAACAAAAAACAAACAAACAAUAGAAAUGUAAAAAAAAGAAAAGAAAGAAAAAUGUAAUUAAAAAAUGUAGUAUCCCAUAAUACGCUAGAACCGGAAAUAAUUCUCAAACUCAUUUGUGCAAUAUCUCUACUCGGGACAUUUUCAAGUCCCACUCAGUGCUUCACUCACAGCAUAUCAUUUGAAAUAUACGACAUUUUGUCAUACCGAUCGAUGAGUGAGUGUUACACUUCACUCAACAGAUUUCAGUAUGAUCCACUCAGCCAAAUAAUGCAACAGCCUGUUAAUUACACAAUGGUUUCCGUGUUUCAUUUGUUGAGUGUGACCUCACACUCGAUAGAUGAACACCGGCGGAUUACCUCUCACUCAAACGUUUUCAUCACUUCACUUUACGAAAAAUGACUUGACUUAAAAAAAAAAUCAUUAAACUCAGACAAUGAGUGUGACAUCUGACCUUCCGAAGCGUCAAACGUGAUGAGCUGAGUAGCUCAAAGGCUGAGCAAAUACUCAGUCACGUCUUGCUCCUAGGAUUUGAACAAAUCACGGAGAACUCAACUCAAACUUUGAUUCUGAUGCAAUAAAUACCUCACUCAAAGUGUACGGCAUUUCACGCAAGUAAAAGGAGUACACGGAUUGGAAAUGGACUGAUAUGUUUUGUUUUUUUUAUUAACUU